AGAGUCUCUGUCUCUCCGUCUCUCAGUCUCUCUGUCAAGGGUGCCAUGUGUUUCCCUUAAUUUUAUUGUUUUUUGGAGACUUGAACGGAUCUCCAGGAACUGGUAAAGUGUAUACUUGCUUUAAAAAAAAAAGCGCUUUUCUUUCUUCUUUCUUCUUUCUUCGUCCUUCUUGUUCGCUAUGGUCCUCUUCCUCCUGAAACUUCCCAGAAGUUACCCACUUCCUCCUCCCUCAGGACCCUCUCAUCAUAUCAUAUGAUCUUUUGCUUCUGUGGCUCCCCAGACAAUCUCAGUUGCAUCCAAGUAGAAGUAGAAAUUGGAACAAAGAACAAAGUCAGGGUCAGGUACACAAGUUAGUUUGAUUGGUCUUCAGGGCUUAAAGUCUAGAGAUGGCAUAUCGAAGAGGAGGGUUUGAAGGGCAGCCGCAGAGGCGGAUUCUGCGCACCCAGACUGCUGGGAGUUUUGGAGAGCCCAUGCUGGAUAGUGAGGUGGUGCCUUCUUCCCUCGUUGACAUUGCUCCUAUUCUCCGUGUUGCAAACGAAGUUGAGUCCAGGAAUCCAAGAGUUGCCUAUCUAUGUCGGUUCUAUGCCUUUGAGAAAGCUCACAGACUAGAUCCCACAUCUAGUGGACGUGGUGUUCGCCAGUUUAAAACUGCACUUCUUCAGCGUCUAGAAAGGGAAAAUGAAACAACACUGGCAGGAAGGGCAAAGAGUGAUGCUCGGGAAAUGCAGAGUUUUUAUAGAGAUUACUACAAAAAAUACAUUCAAGCUUUGCAGAAUGCUGCUGAUAAAGCAGAUCGGGCACAACUUACAAAAGCAUACCAAACUGCUGCUGUUUUAUUUGAGGUUUUGAAGGCUGUCAAUCAGACGGAGGCUGUUGAAGUAGCUGAGGAGAUUUUGGAAGCUCAUACCAAGGUUGAAGAAAAACAGCAGAUAUAUGUACCUUACAAUAUUCUUCCUCUUGAUCCUGAUAGUCAAAAUCAGGCGAUCAUGAGAUAUCCCGAGAUUCAUGCUACUGUUUCUGCACUCCGUAACACCAGGGGUCUACCAUGGCCGAAGGCCCACAAAAAGAAAGUAGAUGAAGACAUUCUAGACUGGCUUCAGGCCAUGUUUGGCUUUCAGAAAGAUAAUGUGGCAAAUCAAAGGGAACACUUGAUUCUGCUGGUUGCUAAUGUGCACAUACGGCAAUUACCGAAUCCUGAUCAACAACCCAAGUUGGAUGAUCGCGCUUUAACGGAUGUGAUGAAGAAGCUUUUCAAAAAUUACAAAAAGUGGUGUAAAUACCUGGAUCGGAAAAGUAGCCUUUGGCUGCCAACUAUUCAGCAGGAAGUACAGCAACGAAAAUUGCUAUACAUGGGUUUAUAUCUUCUUAUAUGGGGAGAAGCUGCAAAUUUGAGAUUCAUGCCAGAAUGCCUUUGCUAUAUCUAUCAUCAUAUGGCAUUUGAAUUGUAUGGAAUGCUAGCUGGGAGUGUUAGUCCAUUGACAGGUGAGCACAUAAAGCCAGCCUAUGGUGGUGAAGAUGAGGCCUUUUUGUCGAAAGUAGUCACUCCAAUAUAUGAUACAAUAGCAAAGGAGGCUAAAAGGAGCAAAGGAGGAAAAUCAAAGCAUUCUCAAUGGAGAAAUUAUGACGACUUGAAUGAAUAUUUUUGGUCAGUUGAUUGUUUUAAGCUAGGCUGGCCUAUGCGUGCGGAUGCUGAUUUCUUUUGCCAGCCUAUCGACGAUAUUCAAGGUGAUAGAGAUGAGAGAAAGAAACCAUAUACUGGGGACCGAUGGAUUGGCAAAGUAAACUUUGUCGAAAUACGCUCAUUUUUGCACAUUUUCAGAAGUUUUGAUAGGAUGUGGAGCUUUUAUAUAUUGAGUUUACAGGCAAUGAUCAUUGUUGCUUGGAAUGGGUCGGGUGACUUAGGUUCCAUGUUUGAGGGUGAUGUCUUUAAGAAAGUGCUGAGUAUCUUCAUAACUGCUGCGAUAUUGAAGCUUGCACAAGCUGUUCUUGAUUUAAUUUUGAGCUGGAAAGCUAGGCAAAGCAUGUCAGUCUUUGUCAAGUUAAGAUAUGUCUUGAAGGCUGUUUCAGCUGCAGCGUGGGUCAUUGUUUUACCAGUGACUUACGCAUUUAGUUGGAAAGAUCCUACUGGAUUUGCACGGACCAUCAAAACUUGGUUUGGCAAUGGUCCAAGUUCAAAUUCUUUGUUCAUUUUGGCUGUUGUCAUCUACUUAUCUCCAAACAUGCUCUCUGGAUUGUUGUUUAUGUUCCCAUUCAUUCGCCGGUUUCUUGAAAGGUCAAACUUAAAGCUUGUGAUGCUCAUGAUGUGGUGGUCUCAGACCCGGCUUUAUGUUGGAAGGGGAAUGCAUGAAAGCUCAAUUUCUCUUUUCAAGUAUACCCUUUUUUGGGUUCUCCUGCUUGUAUCGAAAUUAGCCUUCAGUUACUACGUAGAGAUUAGGCCUCUUGUAAAACCAACUAAAGAUAUAAUGAGGGCUCGCGUAAAGACCUACCAAUGGCAUGAGUUCUUCCCUCAAGCCAAGAAUAACAUUGGUGUGGUGAUUUCGCUAUGGACUCCCAUUGUUCUUGUCUACUUUAUGGAUACUCAAAUUUGGUAUGCCAUAUUUUCCACAAUAUUCGGAGGUAUAUACGGUGCAUUUCGCCGUCUUGGAGAGAUUCGAACGCUGGGAAUGUUGCGGUCUCGAUUUGAAUCACUGCCAGGUGCUUUUAAUAGUUUUUUGAUUCCAGUGGAAAGGAAUGAGCAGACUAAAAAGAAGGGAAUACUAAAAGCCACUUUCUCUCGCAAGUUUGAUAAGACCCCAUCUAGUAAAGAAAAGGAAGCAGCAAAGUUUGCACAGAUGUGGAACGAAAUAAUUAGCAGUUUCAGAGAAGAGGAUCUGAUUAGUGAUAGGGAAAUGAACUUGUUGCUCGUUCCAUAUGGGGCUGACCCAGAUUUAGUAGACCUAAUCCAGUGGCCUCCUUUUCUGCUUGCUAGCAAGAUCCCGAUAGCACUGGACAUGGCAAAAGACAGCAAAGAUAAAGACCGUGAGCUGAAAAAGAGAAUGAGUACUGACAAUUAUAUGCGCUGUGCUAUUCACGAAUGCUAUCUCUCGUUUAGAAGUAUUAUUAACUUUUUGGUCCUUGGAGAUCGUGAAAAGAAGGAUAUAAAUGAAAUCUUCGCCAUAGUUGACGAUCAUAUUGAAAAGGGAAACCUGACAACAGAGUUCAAUAUGAGUGCUCUUCCAAGUCUCCAUGAACAAUUUGUCAAGUUAAUUGAAUAUCUGAUGGAAAACAAAAAGGAGGACAAGGACCAGGUUGUAAUUGUCUUGCUCAACAUGUUAGAGGUUGUGACAAGAGACAUAAUGGAGGAUGAAAGUCCCAACUUGCUAGAGUCGAGUGAUGGAUUACAUGGAAAAGAUGAGGGAAUGACACCCCUUGAUCAACGGGAUACAUAUUUUGGUGCACUGAGGUUCCCAGUCCCAGUGACUGCAAAAACAGGAGCUUGGAAAGAAAAGAUCAGAAGGCUACAUCUAUUACUUACAGAGAAAGAGUCUGCUAUGGAUGUCCCAUCCAACUUGGAAGCAAGAAGGCGCAUUUCUUUCUUCUCCAACUCGUUGUUUAUGGACAUGCCUCCUGCACCCAAAGUUCGAAAUAUGCUUUCCUUCUCGGUUUUGACACCAUACUAUUCAGAAGACGUUCUUUUCUCCAAAAAACAUCUGGAAUGGCAGAACGAAGAUGGUGUCUCUAUCCUUUUCUACUUGCAGAAGAUCUUUCCAGAUGAAUGGACUAACUUUCUUGAGCGGGUCAAGUGUGAAAAUGAAGAAGAACUCACAGAAAACGAUGAAUUGGAAGAGAAACUCCGUCUAUGGGCAUCCUAUCGAGGCCAAACAUUGACCAAAACUGUACGGGGUAUGAUGUAUUACCGCAAAGCUUUGGAACUUCAGGCCUUCCUUGAUAUGGCAAAAGAUGAAGAGCUAAUGGAAGGCUAUAAGGCUGCUGAAUCAACUAUUGAGGAACACUCAAAAGCAGAAAGGUCACUUUUGGCACAAUGUCAGGCAGUGGUUGAUAUGAAAUUCUCAUAUGUUGUGUCAUGCCAACAAUAUGGAAUUCACAAGCGAUCUGGAGAUGCUCGUUCCAAGGACAUUUUGAAACUUAUGGCAACUUAUCCAUCUCUUCGAGUAGCUUACAUUGAUGAGGUAGAGAAAACUAGUGAAGAUAAAUCCAAAAAGAAUGUUUGGAAGGUCUACUAUUCGGCUCUUGUAAAGGCGGCUCCUCCAACUAAGUCAGUUGAUUCUUCUGAUCCAGUUCAAAGGUUGGACCAGGAUAUUUAUCGGAUAAAGCUUCCUGGACCUGCAAUAUUGGGAGGGGGAAAGCCAGAAAAUCAAAACCACGCCAUCAUUUUCACACGUGGGGAAGGCUUGCAAACCAUAGAUAUGAACCAGGAUAAUUACUUAGAAGAAGCAUUCAAAAUGAGGAACCUACUGCAAGAAUUUCUUGUGAAGCAUGAUGGUGUUAGAUUUCCGACAAUACUUGGACUUAGGGAGCAUAUUUUCACUGGCAGUGUUUCAUCUCUUGCAUGGUUUAUGUCAAAUCAAGAGACUUGUUUUGUAACUAUUGGGCAGAGAUUGCUUGCUAACCCUCUGAGAGUUCGAUUCCACUAUGGUCACCCAGAUGUAUUUGAUCGACUGUUUCAUCUGACUAGAGGAGGUGUCAGCAAAGCUUCCCAAGUCAUCAACUUAAGCGAGGACAUAUUUGCAGGUUUCAAUUCUACAUUACGCGAAGGUAGUGUCACUCAUCAUGAAUAUAUACAAGUAGGUAAGGGACGAGAUGUUGGCCUCAACCAGAUCUCAAUUUUUGAGGCAAAAAUAGCUAAUGGGAAUGGCGAACAGACACUGAGUCGUGACAUCUAUAGGCUUGGACAUCGAUUUGAUUUCUUUAGAAUGUUAUCCUGCUAUGUCACCACAAUUGGUUUCUAUUUCAGCACUUUAUUGACUGUGCUUACGGUCUAUGUGUUUCUCUACGGUCGCCUUUAUCUUGUUGUCAGCGGACUUGAAAAAGGGCUGAGCACUCAGCGAGGCAUUCGAAACAAUAAGCCUCUUCAAGUAGCUCUUGCUUCUCAGUCUGUUGUGCAAAUUGGAUUUUUGAUGGCCUUGCCUAUGGUUAUGGAAAUUGGUUUGGAAAAGGGGUUCCGCACUGCACUUAGCGAUUUUGUAUUGAUGCAAUUACAAUUGGCCCCGGUGUUUUUCACAUUUUCUCUUGGUACAAAGACCCACUAUUAUGGAAAGACUUUGCUUCAUGGAGGUGCAGAAUACAGAGGAACGGGUCGUAGCUUUGUAGUGUUCCAUGCCAAAUUUGCUGAUAACUAUAGACUCUACUCUAGAAGUCACUUUGUCAAGGGCAUUGAGUUACUGAUUCUGCUUGUUGUGUACCACCUAUUUGGUCGUUCAUAUAAAAGUGGAGUUGUAUAUAUCCUCAUUACAAUACAGAUAUGGUUCAUGGUUGGAACAUGGCUUUUUGCUCCUUUCCUCUUCAAUCCAUCUGGGUUUGAGUGGCAAAAGAUCGUCGAUGACUGGACAGAUUGGAAAAAGUGGAUAAACAAUCAUGGAGGGAUCGGUGUAUCACCUGAAAAAAGUUGGGAAUCCUGGUGGGAAAAAGAACAUGAGCAUCUUCUUUACUCUGGGGUGCGUGGUAUCGUUGCUGAGAUAUUAUUAGCAUUGCGCUUUUUCAUUUACCAGUAUGGGCUUGUUUAUCACCUUAACAUCACAAACAACAAAAGUUUCCUGGUAUAUGGUGUUUCGUGGCUUGUUAUCAUUUUGAUUUUGUGUCUGAUGAAGGCUGUGUCUGCUGGAAGGCGACGAUUAAGUGCAGAUUAUCAGCUUUUGUUUCGACUGGUUAAGGGAUUUAUAUUUAUUACAUUUUUAGCUAUAUUCGUUACCUUGAUAGUGCUCCCUCAUAUGACGCUUCGGGAUGUCGUAGUGUGCAUUCUUGCCUUCAUGCCAACUGGUUGGGGAUUGCUUUUGAUUGCGCAAGCUUGUAAGCCGGUAAUUAAACGAGCAGGGUUUUGGGGAUCAGUUGAAACACUUGCUCGUGGUUAUGAAAUAAUCAUGGGGUUGCUUCUUUUUACCCCGGUUGCAUUCUUGGCUUGGUUUCCGUUUGUUUCCGAAUUCCAGACGCGAAUGCUUUUCAACCAAGCAUUCAGUAGAGGUUUACAGAUCUCGCGUAUUCUUGGAGGACAAAGGAAGGGCCCUCACUCCUCCAACAAUAAUGAAUAGUCGAUCCUGAUUCCCAAGGGAUGGCCUUAUUUAUCUCUCAAUGUAAAUAGCACCAUUGCUUGCUCAAAUGGAUGGCUCUCUUUAUAAUUUUGUUUUCUUGGAAACAUUAGAAUAUAUGUAAUUGAAAAACACAGGUAAAUGUAUAUUAUUAAGGUUUGAAGCUUGACAAUGUUUAUUUGUAAUAGAAAAAGAAAUCAUUUGAUAAAAUA